AUGAGUGUAACCUGUGGUGGUACUAGACUGGUUUUCAAUCCUGUUUGCCUCUGGGUUCUUGUUGGCUUCCUCUCAGGUCUGAGGCCGAGAUCUGUGAGUGGUGGUUUCUGUACGAGUAGGGCUUCCGGAGUCCUUGAUUCUGGGUCGUUUUUGGGGCCACGGUGGUCCUGUUGGCUUGUCUGGUCUGGUUGGCUAGAUUUCCGCUUGAGUUUUGUGCUUAAGCCAGGGAGAAUGAAUACUGUGGGGCACGGUGUUCAUUAUGUAGUCAUGUCUGGCCGAAUGGGUUUUGCUUCCUUGCCGGAUUCUUUCUUGGGGUCCUUGGAAGGCUAUUGUCAGUCCCCUCCUUUUUCUUUUCUGAUAGUCCCAAGAGGUUUUGGGAAAACGAGCCAAGAACAUCGGGUUCCUACCAAGAUUGACGAGGUUUUCCCUCACAGACAUGACGGUAUAUCAGUCAUUAUGAUUGCUACUAGUCCUUGUGUCUGGACUCAAAUGAUGCGUACAAAUGCAUGUCCAGACAGUCGCAGCUAUUAUGAGAUGGCAAAACCAAAAUUAAUCUGCGUAGAAGGAUAUGCUUUUAAGACUGAUCGAUUAGGUAUCAGUGACGUUUAUCAAAGCGAAGUUAAAGAUAGACAUGAACAUGAACAUGAACAUGAAAAAAAAGGAUAUCGAGCAUUCAAGCAUCUAAACUUUCAAGCACAACAAGCAGUCUCGCCAUCUCGCUGGGUUGGCCCAAAAGCACACCAAGAGUCUCGACUAGGAUAUGGUUACAACAAAAACAAAUUCCUCGUCAUCAUUCAAGACUAUUGGCUCAGUACUGCAAAAAGGGUUCUUGGUGUGGUAAGCCAAGAUCUGGUAGCUCUUCUGCCAUUCGGUGGUCAAACCCUUUUGUGGUUGACCCCAUCGCUGCAAGUUGGCACAUUGUUUCUGCUGGAAGUUUGGUUGUUUACUGUUGAUGGUCUCGUAUACCUCCUGCUGGUGGUCAAGGUCCAAUCCGCCCGGUCAUCGAAGAACAUUUUGCAGUCCCGAGCCUGUCUCUUCAGAUGA